UCAAUUCCAAUAAACGAAUCACGUUUAAAGACCUCCCUUGUGCAUCAACUUUCAAAGUAGAUUGUAUACGAAUCGUUUCUAUAGCAACGAUUUCCAGCAAGCGCAUUUCGCCUCGGUGAAGCGCCGAAAAAUUUACAAGUGACGCCAGUGAAGCUCAGUCAAGUCAGAGGAACCAUCUUCUGUUGAUAGAAACAAAGAAAGAAUUGAAAGGAAGGAAAUAAUGAUACAUUCAAAGGCGACAGCCGUGUUGAUGCGGCUUAAAGAGAUGGACAGGAAGUACAAAAUUAAGCAUAAAGAGGAGAAACGAACACACAGCCUCGUGAGCACUGAAAGUUCGUUAGAAAACACGCCUAAAAGCAACAACAGUAAGCUAGUUCACGAGGGAAAUGAGAUUGCGUCAAAGGUAUCGUCUGAAUCCAAAAUGGAGAUGCAAGGUUCAGGUACAAACAAUGUCAAUUCUUCUGAUGAAGAUGUACAUUCAAAAAAAUCUCCCAAAAUAUCUCCUAGAACAAGGACAGAAGUUUCAUUGUCAGUUGAAAUUGAAGGGAAUAUAAGGAGUGCUUCAAGAACAGAGGAGUCUCUGAGGACUGUUUCAAACCUGGAGUCUGAUCUGAAGACUAAUUCUCAGAUCAGGGAUGAUGUAUUACUCUCUGAAGACUCUAGGAGACACGGUGAAGAAUCUUCCGCAGCAACGAUCUUCUCCAAACGCUCGGCUGCUCCUGAAACAAUUUCAGAGGUAGUUAAAUCCAGGAACGAAGGGAAGUCGAAUACAACGAAUCCUGAGGACGACACUACCAUAGACGAGGUGAUCAGGAUAAGCGACGAGAGGAGCGAAAUCAUCUCAGAAUUGUCCAACCCGAUAGACAAGGAUGAAGAUGCAUCCAAUGUUUCUUCCAUGGACGAGCAGAAGCUGCAGUAUGAGAACGACACCUUUGAAGAAGCUUCCAAUUCCUCUGGCUCGUCGAGUUCCACGGAGCUGCAGCUGAAGAAGAGUUCAGAAGAGUUAGCAGGAGAGACAGUGAUAUCUGGAGUGAAGGAAAUCAAGAUCACGUCUCACAAACAGGCGGAGAUCAUCCAGGAGAAGGUGAUCAACGACGAGAAAGACAAAGAGAUAAUCGAACUGAUCGCGCCGAAGAUAAUAAAAAGCAACAGCGAGUGCGACGUUGGCCUCGACGAGGAGCUUUCGAAUUACGUGAGGACAACUGAGAACGUGGACGAGGUGUUGCCGAUCAAUCUUCUUAAGCCAUCAAAACAAACAACGACCGGGAAGAAGCACGUCCGAAAAAGCAGGAAGCAGAGAAAAUCGUCCAACGAAAAUACCGAAGAGAAAACUGAAGAUCUUUCUGUGGUUUCUGAUGAUCAUGAGAGAUCAACCAAAGUGAACAAUAACGAGGAUGCACUCUUGAAAGAAAACAGCUCCUCCAUGAUCGUGAAAAGUGCAUCGAAUGAAGGAAAGAUUGUGAAGGAAACGCUGAAAGUGAAGAAGGAGUCUUUAUCUAACGAACAGACACCAGUAGAGAUAGAAGAAGAGGCGAACAGGGAACCGGAGACCAUCUCAAGCGAGAAGCUUCUGACAGAGACACCGAAAAAGACGGACGCAACGAGUACAUUGAGGGAGUUGAACAAGGAUGCGAUCAACGCUAUCGUCAGGAGACACAGGAUCCAAACGAUCAACAAAAUCACGGAUAAACCACGGUAUAAGAACUAUAAGACCGUAGUGAAGCUGCCGUCAGCAGAGUCGGAGGUGCCUGAAAACAUGGAGAAGAAUGAGAGUAAAUCUCUAGAAAAUAUUAGAACGGAUUCCAGCCAUAACCAAAGGGUCAGAGGGAGAAGAGCAAAGGUGAAGAGAGUCUCAAAAGCUUCCAAAGCUCGGAAAGGGUCGUAUCAAGGGAAAGUUGAAGAAAAACAAUCGAAGUUCGAGUGCAGACAAUCGCGUCAUCUGCGAAAGCAGGCUGCUGCCCUGAGGAUGCAACAGGAACGCGAGGACAUCCGUAAUUACUUGCUGGAGCUGGAAUGCACUCGAUUAGAAUUCGGUCCUGGCGAAAUGACUUCUGCUACCAUCCCACCAUUUAAACCUCUUGAAUUUCCUAAAAUCUCAGCAUUCAAGAAACCUGAACUGGAAGACUCGAACCUGCCUACAGAUGGAAUUGUUGCACUGCAAGAGAAGAUCUUGACUAUAAGACAGUGGCUGAAGGAUCAAUACUUCCUUUAUAGGGAUUACAGCAAGCUGGCACAAACAGUGAAUGCAAAAUACAUUCCUGCCAGUCUGGAAGAUGCAAAAAAGACGAUUCGUCAGUUACAGAGCGCGACUAUCGAAUCGAAGUGACCAGUCGUUUCCGUGAAACUUCAAACAAGAAUUGCCCACCUCGUGCAAUGUGAUUUUCCCAAAGUGUAAGUCUCAAAGUGAUGUACUUUCCUUUUAGAGGAACAAUUGUUUCCCUUAAAAUAUAAACCUACAAAAAAUA